CUCGUCCUCCUGUGCCGCCGCCAACCACGGUCCCUUAAGACAACCGAAAAUGAAAGCCUUCGUCAUCGCCGUCGUCCUCACUGCCGUGCUCGGGGCUCCUCGGCCUCAGCAACAGCAGGCAACAGCACCCGUUUAUCCCAUCAUCCCGUACUCGUACCAGUACGAGACCAGCGACGCCGCCACCGGCAACUUCCACAACAAGGCCGAGCUGAAGACGGCUCUCGGCGACGUGUUCGGCUCCUGGUCCGUGCUCAUGCCCGACGGCUUCAUCUACACCACCUCCUACAACGUCACCGGAAACAGCGGCUUCCUUCCGGUCAUCGUGAAGACGCUCCCUCAAGCCUCCGCCGGCGCGGCCUCAGCAGCCGCCGCUGGAGGCUCUUCGGCCUAAAUGCAGGUUGUCUUAGCGAGCCUUGGCCUUCGCGGCGACCCGCGUCCUAAGUCAUUGCGGUUCUUGUGCUCCUUCGCUCUUCUUCGUCUCCUUCUCUGGUUCUCACGUCGGCGCUAAAUUUGUUCUGCAUUUCCCAAAAAUCAAAUCGCCUUUUAUCAAAGAUGACAGAAUGAUACAGGAGAAAGGGAGAGAGGAGAAGGGAGAAUGACAGAGAACCACAAAUUUUCUUGUAAAUACCUCUUCCGAAAUGUGAUUCUGCGUAGCUUGUCAUUUUAUUAAUUUAGUUUAUUCUUUUCUUUAUUCGAAUGUUUGUUGUUUAUUUGUUUAAAUGUAUUUAUGUUGUUUGCAAAUGAUAGAUAUCCGGAUAUGUUUUGUUUUUGUUUACUGCAUAUGCAUAUUGUAUUGUUUUAUAAGAUGUUCCUUAUAUUUUAUACCGAAUAAAUGUUACA